UCUGCUCCCUCAGCUGACCAGCUCCAGGAUGGCGGUGAGGAAGCGCUCCAUCUUGGCUCUGGGUCACCUGGUUCCCUGCUGUAGACCCGCCCUCUUCUCCCAGCUGACUGAACACCUGACCAAUGAGCUCGCAAAGGCCCCGCCCGUUUCCAUGGCGAGGACGUACAUCCAGUGCCUAGCAACCGUCAGUCGUCAGGGCGGCCAUCGAGUCGGUGAGAUCUGCUGCCACGCUCACGUGAUACUAGAUUUAAGGACAACACAUUGGUUUCCUGACUGAGGAAGG